UAGGCUAACUUCCCUUUCUCCGAUUACAAGAUAGUUUUACUUGCUAUUAUAUAUACAUACACUCAUUUGUAUCUAUACCCCCCCUCUCUCUUUCUCUCUCUACACCCCACCCUCUUCAUCUCUGCAAACAUCUUUUCAUUUUGUGCCAACAAUCUUUUUCAAACCCGAAACCUGAUCUGCUCUGUUCUGCUCUGCUCUGCUCUGAACUUAUGACAGAUUCUUGAUUUUCAUAGGAACCCAGAAAGGGCUGUUAGUGUAGCGCGAAGUUUAUCUUGAUCACAUCGACACAUCACAGAAUACUCGUGUGAAGGGACCUUGUCAACAGUUUUCAUGUGAUUAAAACAGCCAGCACAUUGCUUUUUUCUUUAAAGUUUAGAUCAAAUUAGUCGUCGCUGGAUAUACGAAUCUUUAUUCUCCUCAAAUCGAGCUUUCAAGGAAUCUUGAUCCGUUUUCCCAGUUGGAAUGAGCAGAAACCUGUGAUUAAUCAUCAGGCGAUUUAAACGUUCAAUCUUUUUUCGUUACUAAAGUUCGUGACAUGGAAACCGACGCCCUAACCACUAAACCGCAACCAAACAUGCCAAACAGAUUGCUUCCUGCUGUUUUACCAGUACUUUUCAUUGCAAUUGCAUAUGUUGAUCCAGGAAAAUGGGUCGCAGCAGUCGAAGGUGGGGCCCGUUUCGGAUAUGAUCUUAUCAUACCGAUGUUUAUUUUUAGUUUAGCCGCUGUCCUCUGUCAAUACCUUUCGGCUUGCAUCACUGUGGUCACUGGAAGAAAUCUUGCCGAGAUAUGCAGUUCAGAGUACGACGCAGUUACGUGUAUCUUUUUAGGGGUUCAAGCCGAACUAUCCAUGACCGCUUUGGAUCUUUCUAUGGUUUUGGGCAUUGCACAUGGGCUUAACAUGAUGUUUGGCAUUAACUUGUUCACUUGUGUCUUGUUAACUUCUUUGGAUGCUUUUCUGUUCCCUCUUUUCUCCAAUCUGUUGGAAACUGGCAAAGCAAAGUUCACGUGCGUGUGCUUGGCCAGCUUUGCUUUACUUUCUUAUCUCUUCGGAGUACUCGCGAGUCAACCAGAUACAUCACUCUCAGUGGACGGUGGUAUGACAAUAAGAUUGACAGGCGAAAAUGUUUUCGCAUUUAUUAGUCUUCUUGGCGCAAGCAUUAUGCCUCAUAAUUUUUACCUUCAUUCAUCCAUUGUGCAGCAAACUGAGGGACCGAAACUGGUUUCGAAGGAAGCCGUGUGUCUUGACCAUCUUUACGCCAUUUCUGGUGUUUUCAGCGGCAUAUUUAUCGUGAAUUACGUUCUGAUGAACUCAGCUGCAAAUGUUUUCUAUAGUACCGGGCUCGAUUUGCUUCCUUUUCAAGAUGCAUUGUCUUUAAUGGAUCAGGUAUUCAGGAGUCUAAUGGGACCAUUUGCUUUAAUACUGAUUCUAGCAGUUUCAAAUCACACUGCAGCAUUGACAUCGAAAUUCAGCGGUCAACCCGUGGUUCAGAAUUUCUUCAAACUCGACAUUCCAGUAUGGUUACAUCACUCGACGAUCAGGUUCAUCGCGAUCAUCCCUGCACUCAUGUGUUCAUGGCAUUCUGGUGCUGAGGGUACAUACCAACUGCUAAUCGUUACUCAAAUCGCGAUAGCUCUUUUGCUUCCGUCUUCUGUUAUCCCUCUUUUCCGGAUCGCAACAUCAAGAUCGGUAAUGGGGGUGAACAAGGGUUCUAAGGUUGUUGAGUUUAUGGUGUUGGGAACGUUUAUUGGGAUGCUCGGGUUAGAGAUCAUGUUUGUGAUCGAAAUGGUGUUUGGGAACAGCGAUUGGGCGAGUAACAUCCGAUGGAACCCGAACCCGUAUACUAUGAUUCUCGUGACUGCGUGUGCUUCCUUCUUUUUGAUGCUUUGGCUUGUGGUUACCCCUUUGAAAUCUGCAAGUUUUGAGUUAGAUUCUGUGCCUGAAUCAUCAACCGAAUAUGAUCGAAUCGAAGAAUUCGGGGAAAACAAAGUAGCAUCUGUCGGUUCCCAUCCGGAGUCACCGAGUUUCAAUUUGCCUGAGGAAAUUUUGGAGUCUGAAAACGGGCUUCCGUUGACUACCAUUGAAGAAAAUUCACCCGAAACCCAGAUUUCGUCUCCACCGGAGGAUUCAACUACGAUAAUCUCGGGUGGUGAAGGCUUGAAAAAGGAAGAAUGCAAGUCAAUCGAAAGAACAUUGAGUAUAGACGGGAUUUCACACGUGAAAGAGACGGAACAGAAGAUUGAAGCUUAUCGGCCUGAAGAACCGAUUAAAGUGGUGUCGGAAAUGAACCAUGUGGUAACACCGGACGGGCCAGGGUCGUUUAAGAAUCUAAAAAAGGAGGAUGUCGGGAGUGGUACCGGAAGUUGGUCAAAGUUGGCCGGAUUGGGCCGGGCUGCAAGGCGCCAGUUAGCUGCGGUUCUUGACGAGUUUUGGGGCCAGUUAUUCGACUUCCACGGGGAACUUACACAAGAAGCGAAAACAAGAAAACUCGACAAGUUACUGGGAAUAGAUUGUAAGGUGGGCCCGAGCCCGAGCCCGAAUCUAAACCCAAACCUGAAACCGAACCCGAACCCGAACCCAUCGUCUAUGUCGUCGGCCCAAAUGCAGCUACUAGACGCGUAUGCGCGCCGGUCAAACCUCAAUGUGAUGGACUCUAGCGAGAAACGCUACCAUAGUUUGCGUCUACAAUCAACGUCUAGUGGUCUAAGAAUCCCACAAGCGGCUUCUGGUGCAUACAAUGAUCAGCCCGCUACGGUUCACGGGUAUCAGAUCAAGUCUUACAUGAGCCAAAUGGAUCAGUUAGCUUCUAAAUCACCAACCCUUGGUUCAUCAAACUACAAGGGUCCGUAUUCUUUGACUAAAGGUCUGCAAAACGGGACCAGCCCGGCUAAACCACCGGGCUUUCCGGAUCCCGUAGUGUCUAGGAAUAACUCGAUGUACCCUGAAAGAAGUUACUACAAUCACAAUCAUCCAGUUGAAACGAUGCAUGGUACUGUUAACGAGAAGAAGUAUUACAGCAUGCCGGAUAUCUCCGGGCUCUCGCUUGGCCCGAAAAUGAAUGGGCUGUCAAUGUACUCUGGUCCCUCUGGCCUGUCGUAUGCAUCCGGGUCCCCUUUGGGCUAUGUCGGUGCACACCAGUUGAGUUCAGGGUCGGAUACAUGGUCCAUUUGGUCUAGAAACCCUUUAGAACAAUUUGGUGUGGCCGAAAAAGCGAAUAACAGUAGGCUGAGUUUGAAUUUGAACACUCAAGAUACUGGUUCUACGGUUGAUUUAGAAGCGAAUCUUUUGAAAUCAUUAAGGCUUUGUAUUGUGAAGUUGUUGAAGCUCGAAGGGUCCGAUUGGUUGUUUCAGCAGGACAGUGGUCUUGAUGAGGACCUUGUGGACCGGGUAGCAGCCCGUGAGCGGUUUCUGUUUGAAGUGGAGAGCAAGGAGAUGAACGGGCUGGCUCAGCCCGGUGACCCGGGGAUGAAAAUCGAUCUGGUGACAUCGAUUCCGAAUUGUGGGGAAGGUUGUGUUUGGAGGGCUGAUCUGAUAACAAGCUUUGGUGUGUGGUCCAUACACCGAGUUCUCGAGCUUUCGCUCAUGGAAAGCCGGCCCGAGCUUUGGGGGAAGUACACUUAUGUUCUUAACCGUCUUCAGGGGAUAAUCGAACUAGCAUUCUCGAAACCACGAGCAGCAAUGAGCCCGUGUUUCUGUCUUCAACUUCCGACUUCGUACCAUCAACGAAAGGCGUCACCACCCAAAUCCGCGACCAGUCUGCCGCCACCGGCGAAACAAAGCAAAGGGAAAUGCACAACCGCCGCCAGUUUAUUGGACAUUGUCAAAGACGUGGAAAUCGCAAUAUCUUGCAGAAAAGGUAGAACAGGAACAGCAGCUGGUGACGUGGCGUUCCCGAAAGGAAAAGAGAAUCUGGCAUCCGUCCUUAAACGCUACAAACGGCGGCUGUCGAACAAGCCAGCAGUCGCUCCAGAUGCAUUAAACAAAUCAUCAUAUUGUGGUUUGUAAUUGACAUUUGUAACUCCAGUUUUGUUUGACAUUUGUGGGAGUGAAGACUUUCUUCCUCUUUUGAGGUAGAUCAUUUCUUUAGAUGUCGUCGUUAUGCAAUCUGUAAAUGGUUUUUUUCGUUGGCGACACAAUGAUUUUAAUGUUGGUUAUGCGGAGGAAUGAGAAUUACAUAGACGAUUUUAAACA